GCAGCGAUCAUGAGGAAUCAGUUAUGAAUUUACCAUCGAACGAAUAGGAACCUUUCUACGCAAAAGAAGACGGUUUCCUUGCCGCAAGUACCAACAGUAUUGGUGUUUUAAAAGUGUUUUGUUAAAAAAACACUUUGUUAUACAGUUACAGUUUUGUUUAUAAAUCUUUAUGUUUUUGUUAAAACGUGUGCUUGUUUUUUAUUGAGACAAGAUUUUUUGAAAUAAAGGACACUAAGUUGUUUUGAAACCAAAUUAAGAGCUUAUGCGAAACCCUCAAACGUCAAAAAGCAAAUCGAAACUAUUAACCAAAAAAAAAACAAAUAAGCCAGCUCAAAUUAAAAUAACGGCCACUUCAAACCGUACACACAACACUCACGCCAACCCUCACUGCUUAUCUUUUCUAUCUUUCACGCACCACCUACCAGCAGCAACAACAGCAACGCCACACAAUGUCUUUCUCCAAAGCAAAACUAAAGCGCUUCAACGAUGUCGAUGUGGAUUGUGCCAACUCGCCCGCAACUGCACGCCUACCUACCGAUGCGUGCACAAUUAAUACGCCAGGCAAAUGCAUUGCUGCCGCCGCCACACCAGCUACUACCACCACCAGCGCCAACACGCCCGCUGCCACUACAACAAGCGGCCACCCAGAACGCAAGGAACAGAUUGAGAAAUUCUUCAAAGACGCCGUACGCUUUGCCACCAGCAGCAAGGAAGCCAAGGAGUUCGCAAUACCCAAGGAUGCCGCAUUGAAGGAUGACAAAAAAUCCAAGGGUUUGCGACUCUUCCGCACACCUUCAUUGCCACAGCGCUUACGCUUCCGACAUAAUGCCUCCGAGUCAGCGACAGCAGCAGCAGCAGCAGCAGCAGUGGCGGCUGCCAACAACAAUAACGGCAGCGGCGCCAGCACAGCCAGCUCCACGCCAAUGCAUUCCGCCACAAAUACACCAGUAAAAGAUGCCACCAAGUCAGGCAGUCGACUCAAAGGCAAAGAGGCAUUACAGCAUGAAAUACGUAAAAAGAAUGAACUACUCGAGAGCUACAUGAGUCAAAUUGAUGUGCUGAAGCGCCAUGUCGAACAGCUAAAGGAGACCGAGCGCAAGUUGCGCGAAGAAAAUGCCAGCGUCACGGAGAAGACCGAGAAUCUAAUACAUGCAUUGCAGGCGGAGAAUGCGACACAUAAAGAAUUGAACGAUAGGCUAAGCGCCGAAAAUGUAGAGCUAGCCGAGACAUGCAACAAAAGAGAGCUGGAGAUAAACGCGCUCGUGACGCGACACGCCAACGAGCUGGAAGAACUACAAGCCAUCAUGGCUGAGUUGAGAUUAGAGAAAGCCACGUUGGAGCAGCAAGCGCAGGAACACGGCUCAGAGGCACAAAGAAGACUCCAACAGUUACAAGUGUUACAGCGUGAGAUUAUCGAAGCGCGCGAACGGCUGGUGGCAUCCGAACAACGCGCAGAAAAAGACACUGAGCUGAUACAAAAUUUGCGCAAUACCAAUGAGUCGCUUAGCCUAGACUUGAGUGAGUUGAGGAAGCAAGUCGAACACGACGCGCUCAGCUAUGCGCAAGAGACCAAGAUCGCACAGAAUGAGAUGGAGUGUCUGAAGAAGGAGCGCAGCACAUUGAAGAACGAUUUGGCAAGCAAAUGCGAACUCAUCAAAUCGCUACAGGACGAGCUGCUAGAUAAGACUUGCGAAAUCGACGCACAUUGCGAUACGAUACGCCAGCUGUGCCGAGAAAAAUCGAAAUUGCUGGAGAAAGAGCAGUUGAUUGAGAAGGCCGAAGAGAAGUUGCGUAGCGCUGAGGAGCAGGCGGAGCAAAAGGUGCAGAAACUCGAGUCCGAUUUGGAGAAUGCGCUGGAACGCGAGAAGGCGUAUUGGCGCGCUGAACUGGACAGACGCCAGAAACUGGCUGAGAAUGAAAUAAUUAAGGUGGAGUUGGAAAAGCAAGACGUGAUGGUGUUGCUGGAGACUACGAAUGAUAUGCUACGCGACCGCGACGAGAAAAUCCAUAAGUACGAAGAGCAAUUGCGCAACGGCAUUGACUACUACAUACAAUUGAACGAUACAUUGCAGAAGCAGAUUGUUGAUCUGAAGCAAGAGAUUGCUAAAAUCAUUACCGAGAAGUACAAUUACCAACUGACGCUGAGUAAUACGCGCUCCACGGUCAAUAUACUGAUGGAGCGUUUGAAGAAAUCCGAUGCUGACGUCGAACAAUUUAAGGCCGAACUCGAAUCUGUGCAGCUGGCCAAGGGCGCGCUGGAGCAGAGUUACCUAACGCUGCAGUCCGAAUUGGAGGCACUGCGCAGCGAUCAUGCUGAAACCGAAACGGCACUGAAGACGCUGUGUCAAUCAUCGCAAACGCUGCAACAAGAGGAGCGCAUCAAUACGACAGAUGUCGCGCACUACCUGGAGAUGUACAAUGAGCUGAAGCGCAAAGACGAGACGCGUGAACAGUACAUGCAGGACAUGAAGAAGGCGCUAGACGAAUUCGCCACUGUGCUGCAAUUUGCACAACUGGAGCUGGACAGCAAAGAGAAGUCACUACACAAGGUGCGCGACGAAUGUGAACAGCUGAAGUUGGAGAAUAUGGCGCUUAAGUCAAAGGUCGACGAGGGUAACACCAAAAAGGAGAAUAGCACAGAUCUGGAGAAAAUUGAAGACCUACUAAUCGAUACAGAACUGCGUGCGGAAUGCGACAAAAUCGCCUCAUGGCUUUUGAGCUCCUCGGCCAGUGAGAAAUGUGUACGCACCGAAAGUACCAACGAAAUCAACGAGCUGCUGAAGCCAACGACACCGAACAGCAACAGCAAGAAGAACCGCAGCUGUUUGACACCAUCAUCACCGACGCCCGCCAACAAAACGAUAACGCUAUCCACCAACGCGCCGGGUUCCAAUGUGGGCACACCGCGUACACCGCGCACACCGCGUACACCGCGCACGCCAAAAACGCCACGUACGCCCCGCACGACACCCAAGAAGACGGUGCUCUUUCCCGGCAAGGAAAACAUAUGCAGUCCACAGAAGCAAGUGCUGAAGGCGCGUAAUAUGUAAAGAGGCGAGCGGUCAGUUGGAAGAAGGUACGGUCCAGUUGAGGUCAGUAGCCUGACGGACGGCCUAAGCGUACAUAUGUCUUGGGACUAAGAUUGAUAUUUUUUUUUUUAAUAAAAAGCUAUAAACGAAUAGGGUUUAUGAA